UAGAACCUUGUGAGGCCUACAUCUUUCUCACUUCCCUUGUGAUUCAUUGAAUAAAUUACACAAUGAAAUCUGGCAGGGAAGCUUCUUCCUCUCCUCUUGCUUCUUCUUCCUAGCUUUGACUAUUACAUGCCAUUUUCUCUCAAACCUUUCUCUUUUCUUUGGAUUCUCAGCUCAAGUAACUUAUAUGUUUUGGUUUUGGGCUUGUCUUUUUGUUUGAAUCUCAUCGAUUUUCUUUUGGGCGAUUAGUACUAUGAUUUUUCACACUGAAACUCACGCUUUGUGUGAACAUUCAUGUAUGUGAUUACAGUACCUGGAAGGUUAAACAAGUUUAAUGCAAAUUUGAAAAAGGUUUGAGAGGAAUUGCACAAAGCAGAUCUACUGCUCCUGCUCCAUCUCGCUUGAUCUUGUAAUUUGUGGCAUGGACUUGGUCUCUGUUGUGAGAUAUGUAUAGCGAGAACCAGAAGUCCAAAACCAAGACAUUUCAUAAGUGGUUUACAAGAAAGAACAAGAGGGAAAAAGCACAUGAUCAGCUAAAUGAAAUUUCAGUCCCAUGUUUUAUUACAGAUGAUAGUGAAGAUGAAGUUGAUAUUCUGGAUGAUGUUUAUGUUCACUCAUUGGAGACUGAUCCAUGCAUUUCAACCAACGAGCUAAGAAUCUUUGUUGGUACCUGGAAUGUUGCCGGAAGGUCUCCAGUAGGAAGUCUAGCAGUAGAUUUGGACGAGUGGUUAAAUCUCAAGGAUGCAGCUGAUAUGUAUGUACUCGGAUUUCAAGAGAUUGUACCAUUAAAAACAAGAAACGUGAUAGGAGCAGAGGACCCAACUGAAGCAACAAACUGGAACCUGCUUAUAGGAAAAACACUUAAUGAUAAAUAUGGGUGCCCAUGGUUAACCCCCAUGACAGAUCCAAUCUCAAGCUACCACUAUCACUAUGACAAGAUCUCCGAUUCAGAAAGGAGGACAAGUGUAAGCGGUCAUUCUGGGAUUCAACAGUUAAGGACAGAAGAUGAGAACUUGUAUGGUGGCAGCAAGUACAAGCUAAUGGCAAGCAAGAAGAUGGUCGGAGUGUUCAUAAGUGUAUGGAUGAAGAAGGAAUUGCUUAGCAAGUACUAUGUUUCAAAUGUGAAGGUUAGCUCAGUGGCUUGUGGCAUCAUGGGUUAUUUGGGGAACAAAGGUUCAGUUUCAGUUAGCAUGUCUAUAGAAGGAACAAGCUUUUGCUUUAUUGCUGCCCAUCUAGCUUCUGGAGAGAAAAAAGGUGAUGAAUGCAGAAGGAACCACCAAGUUACAGAGAUUUUUAGGCGAACUUCUUUCCCUCGAUCCUCUGAAGACGAUUGUAAUCCUCAACCUCUCACCAUCUUAGGACAUGAUAGGAUAUUCUGGUUUGGAGAUCUCAACUAUAGAUUGUACUUGGAAGACAACUUGGCCAGAUAUUUGAUAAAGAAACAAGACUGGAAAGCAUUGCAAGAGUUUGAUCAGCUUCGAAGAGAACUAGAAAAUGGUGGAGUAUUUCAAGGUUGGAGAGAGGGAAACAUAGAAUUUGCACCAACAUACAAGUACUCUACAUCAAAUUGCAAUAGGUAUUCAGGCGGCUUGCCAAGUAGAUCAGGAGAAAAGCAAAGAACUCCUGCAUGGUGUGACAGAAUUCUAUGGUAUGGAAAAGGAAUCGAGCAGCUUUCAUACUUCCGUAGUGAAAGCAAGUUCUCUGACCAUCGUCCUGUUUCUGCACUAUUUUCUAUACCCGUGGAAGUCAAAAAGCCUACUAAUCCAAGAAUCUUUCCAUUGCAGACCAUUCUUCCAACCAUAAAACCUCCCAGAAAAAGGGAGCCAGGCAACAAUAAUGAAGAGACCAAAUCAACAUUGUCGUCAUUAAUGGCAAAAGAUCUAAUAGAAGCAUCACCUACAAAUAUGCUAUAGCUAAAGCAGAGUAUAGGAUAUGCAGCUAGAGCUGGAUUUUUCUGGAGAUAUGCCAUUUCCUCACGAUCUCCUUUCCUUCAUUUUUGCCCCCUUUCCUUCGGGGUUUUAAAGGGAAAUCUUAUUAAAGAAAGCAAAGUUGAUUUGAUGAAUGUGAUCACAUUCAUCAAUAACUAAAUUAUUUAUGACACUUAUUUCAUUAAAGUGUGAUUAAUGUUGGAUAUACAACAUGAAAUUGUAGAAAUAGUUUGACCAUUUUGAUUGGAUCAAACAUUGUUAAAGAUACUGUGAUGAAGCUUAAAUGAAUUAUAAAUGCCAAAAUCAGUUGAUGACUCUUUUUCA